AUGGCUAACAGUGUGACUCGCAAGGCCUUCCCAGGAGACCCAGACACCUUCAACGACGAUGAGCGCAUCUCCUUCAGCAAGACCUCCGACACGCACAUCCUCGAAGCUGAAGACGGGACAGAGUGGGAAUGGCUGGCUCGCGCAGAGAAAUGGAUACCAGCGAUGAAUGAAGAUGAGAUGGAGCAGCAGAGGCAGAUCUACAAGGUAGACGGGGUGGACGAGAACGAGCCGGCGAUCGAUCUGCGGAAGAGAAAGGCACAGGAUGACGAGGGAGGCAAAGGAUCGAAGAAGCAGAAGCCAGAGCAGCCUGCCAAGGAACGCAAGAACACCGCCGUCUAUGUGACUUCCUUACCCGAGAACGUCGGGACGGAGGAACUUCACGAUGUGUUCUCCAAGUAUGGCGUGAUCGCUGAGAGCCUGGACAGUGACGAACCACGCAUCAAGCUUUAUUACAACGACGAUGGAAAGUUCAAGGGCGAAGCGCUCAUCGUCUACUUCCGCGCCGAAUCUGUGAGGCUGGCCAUUCAGAUGCUGGACGAGUCGGACUUCCGUCUGGGUCAAGCCUUGCCUACAGGUCCCAUGCGCGUGCGUGAAGCAGAAGCUAGUUACAAAUCGCAGAAGGACCAACCCCUCAAGACGGACCAAGCGAAGACAAAGGGCACGAACGCAAAUCGCGAUAGGCAGAAAGUGAUCAAGAAGACACAAGCGAUGAACGACCGACUCGCCGACUGGGACGACGACGACCCUCAAGCUGUCACUGAGACAUCCUCACGCUGGGACAAGGUGGUCGUUCUCAAGCACAUGUUCACGCUCAAGGAGCUUGCCGAAGAUGCUGCAGCCGCUCUCGACAUCAAAGAAGACGUCCGCGAAGAAUGUGAGAAGUUCGGCCAAGUGACCAAUGUCGUCCUUUACGACAAAGAAGAGGAGGGCGUGGUCACCGUUCGCUUCACCGAUGCACGUGCGGCUGCUGCAUCGAUCAAUGUAUUUGAUGGUCGUCUGUUCGACGGCCGCCGCGUCAUCGCGUGUGUCGCAGAUGGUCGGGAGAAGUUCAAGAAGACGAGCAAGAAAGAUGCGGAUGAGGACGAGGAGAAGCGGCUGAGGAAGUUUGCUGAGGAUGAUGAGGAUGCUGCGGAGGAGGUCGACCCUUGA